CACUACACAUGUGACUUGAUUAGAUUAGAUAAGCAGGUAUCUGAAGUAAUGUUAAUUUUUUAGAUAGAAACCGAACCUGAAGCCGAACGCGAAACCUGUAAUUAGGAAGCUUUUAAAUUUUACUUCUGCUUAUUGUACUGAAAACAAAGAAAUUUUAGUGUGAUUUAUCACUGGCGGUUAAGUUGUUUUUGUUUUCUUAUGUCGGAUUUUAGCAAGAUGAAACGGUGUAUUUUACCAUUUAUUGCAAUAUGCAUACAUUCGGCUAAUUGUGCUGUCUCAGCACAAUUAGCCGAAUGCACGGAAGAUGUGCAUUGUGAUGUAAAAUAUUAUUGCGAUCCGAAUUUCAAAUGCCAAAAGUGCAUUGAUUGUAAAAGUUAUCAGCACACUCUAUGUCCUAAGUCCAUUACCGAUUGCGAAUCUUCAGAGUCUGUUGUACAUGCAACAACAAACAAAGACAAAGAAAGCAGUGGUGGUUACCAUUUUUUUAUGAUAUAUACGAAGAUUGGACUAGUUGUCGCGUUUAUCACUAUAGGAAUGUUGGCUGUUUUUGUAAUACGCAAAAAAAGAUUAUUUCAGCCUCGUUUCCGCAUUGAUGACAUCGCUCCAGUAAACAGCGCUACCGCUCCGUUAUCACCCCCGCCACCUUAUAAUCCAAACCACAAUAGCAUUGAACAUUACAAUGAGAAAGUGCCGCUGAACUACUUAACAGCAUAUGGCGAUCGAGAGUCGGAUGGUUGUCAAAACGCGAACAUUUUCAACUUGCCCCAUUAUGUUCGAAAUGCAGCAAUACCCGGUACCGAGCCAACGAACCCUGAUUAUGAUGAUGUUACCUUCCCUGAAGAAGAAGACACCAGGGAGAGUGCGUGGAUGCCUAUUGAUAGAAAUAAUAAUACUUUGUACGAUACUAAUCUCGAGACCCAGAACAUCUCAGAAGGUCAAUCUUCAAACUCUGGACAACAAUUGGCGACAUUUAAUAGUGUAAUAUCACAAAAUCAGGAAACCAACAUAGCAGCAAGGAGUCAUCCACCAGAAUCGUUACAUAAUGGUAAUAUAGAGGAUUGCGAAACAAAUGCACAAUCGCCGGAUAACUCGCAACAAGUAGUUGUAAAUAUUUGCAAUGUAGUAAAUAUAUCAGGAAAUAAUAAAUUUGGAAACUGAAAUGAGAUAAGCAAAUUAAGAAAUAUGUUAUUUUAAAAAUAUACAUGUAUACAUAAGGUAAUAAGUUGUUACAUUACAUAUAGUGGAGGGAAUAGUCGUACUUAAAGGGGAGGGCUAAAUGGAUGUGCUCACCCCAGAAUAGUCUGGUGCCCAUCCAAAGGUCAGCAGCGGAAAAUCAGUUUAGAGUUGAUGAAGAUAUUGAUAUGUGAUAAAAAUUGAAACUGGCAUUGAUAAAAACUAUGAAAUUUUGAUAUUGAAAAAAGGAAAAUUUAUUCUAAAAAAUACGACCAUUCCAUCCAUAACCAAGUACACAGUAAUUUAUAUUACAAACUAAAAUCAGUCAUCCUUUGUAUAAUAUUGCAUCUAUUAUAUCUACAUACGGAGAUAAUGGGUUCAGAAAUGAAAAAAACGUCCAGAUUUUGGACGUAUAUACAGGUCUGUAGACGUUUAUUUUUAUGAUAAACAGAGUCACAUCUGCUUUUGUACAGUUAAUUUUAAGUUUUGCAUACUCGCUAGGUGAUUCUAGUAUUUAAUACUAUGUAUAACUAACGCUAUAUUACUGCAUAUCUAUAUAAAUGUUUUUAAUUUUGUAUAGUUGUUAUCAAUAUAGGUAUUUAUAUAAGUAACGUCCAUUAUGUUCAUAUAGAUCUACCAUCGUAAAAAUUUUAUAAAUUUUUUACAAUAUGAGAAUCAAGUAUCUAUAUAGAUUUUGUCUCCAUAUACAGUCAGUUACAUAUUAUUAAGAUCGUAUAUAGAGUUUUGAAAGAGAUCUUAUUUUUAAUAUCAUAUCAAUUCACAAAACUAAGACAUUUAUUUAUAAAUGAGACCAUAUUAAAUAAAAAAAAAAAAAAACAUAAUUAUAUUACUAACUCGUCAAUAACUUUCCAUGAUUAUUUAUGAUCAAGUCGAAAUAAUUUGUUUUUUAAAUAUCUCAUUAAGCACUAGCAUUAGUCGUUCUUAAUUAUAUGUACACGGUUGUAGAUUUGAGGUGUGGCGAGUUUCUUUAUUAACUGAUGGCUGAAGUUUAAAUUUCAUAGUGUGAAAAAUUUUAAUUAAACCCUGAAUUCAUAAACAUUGUAAUAUUUACCACAAUUAAUGAUGAAAAAUUUCUAUAUGCCGUUUUAGUUAAAAACGAUAAAAUGAAACAUAUAUUUAUAAAGUAUGCGGUCACAAUUCCGUCCUCAGACGUAGCUUCAAAAAUCUAAUCUUUGAACACCUAUUUGAAACAAGUAUUCACACUCAUAGUUAUCAUUGCAUCAAUCUGUAUCAAUGCAAACAUUUCUUUCCUAGAGAGCAAAGUGUUUUUAUUAAAAAAAAAAAAAUUGUUUCACGCGUAUUCCACUUACGUAAAAUAUUAUUUGCAUGUAGACGUCGCAAUUUUGUACUAGCUACUUAUUUGCGGAGGUAUGUAUUUAAUUUGAAGCUGUGCUAUGCGCCAGCAUUAUUUGCUAUAUACUCGUAAGCAUGCUACGAUUAAGAUGUCUGUUUUAUAAUAUUAUUCUAAAUCUAUGAAUUUAUCUAAAACCCUUACAAUCUUAUAUAACUAACUUUAUGUGCACGUCUGAGAGCAGUGAGUAUUCCCGAUAAGAAGGUGUUAUUUUUAUAGUAAAUAAUCUUACUUAUAACUUGAAUCUUACUGGUGUAUCUCAUAUUUAUUAAGAAGUGUUUUUUUUUAUUGUAAUUAUUCUAAGUAGAUAUUUAUUAAAAAUUAGAUAAUUUUAGUAUGCAUUUGCUCACUUUUGUUAUAAAUAGGUACUUAUUAAGGGAGAGGAUUAUGUAGUAAGUCUAUCGCUCAUUACACCAAAGGAUUUUUACGUGAAUAAGUUUUAUAUAAAGUUUUAAAUACCAGAGUCACACAUUUAUUUCAUGAAAUUCCAAAAAAAAAACAAUGAAACAGAUAAACGUAUAUGAAUUGUGAUAUUGAGCCAUUUAAUAAACUAGACGAACGAACGAAAAAAGAUUUAAAAUAGUUACAUUGCGCUUAGUUGCACAGUAUCCUGCGGCGAUGUGAUUAUUGAGCCGACCUUAAAAUAGCCUUAAAAGGUUUUUUGAGGUUAUUUGUAAUGGAUAUAGUAUUUGUAUGGUAUAUAUGUUUUUAUAUACCAUUAAAUUAAAAUCUACAGAUAAUAUUACCUAUUUAUUAAACUGAACACCGUUUCAAAAAAAGCAUAUGCUUUAUAGUUAAAAAUUAAGUAAAUAUUUAUUAUUUUUAUACAAUACUAUUUUCUCGAAUUUAAUAAUUUUAUUAUUACCAAACCGAUCACGUGACGAUCGAUUAGCGAUAGUAAAUAUUAAACGAUUGAUUAAUAUUUACUAUCACUGGGAUUAUCCAUUGUACAACUUGGUAUAUCCAUUACGACUAAUCUUUUAUUAGUGGACUGUGAAACUGUGAUACUAUGAAUAUCAGUGAGAUAUUAUGUAGUACCUAUACAAUAAUACCUCGACUAACGCUACCCUAACUUAUGGUACGUGAACUCGGAGGAUACGCCAUCUUUAAAUCUCGUCGAUUUAAUUAUUUAAAUGCUAAUUAACUCAUUACUCACUCUUCUUAUGCUAUUGUUAAGCUAAUGUGUAUAUAUUAAAUUAUAUCCCGCGAAAUGGACGCAUGUAACUUACGCGAAUUCGACUUAGGUACGCGGUUAUUGUUCAAUCCUACCAAUCGUGUAAGUACGAAGUAUUGCUGUAAUUAUUUUAAAUAUAUUUUUAUAAUGUGUUUAAACACAGAAGAUAAAGUGAUUUAAAAUUAAUAUCCUACUUUAUUGCACUGUUACCUCGUUAUAAUGUGUGCGAGAGCUGUGUGCGUGUGUGCACCCAUGGAGCGUAGUCAGUUUAGUGUAUCGACGUCUGAAUCAUUCGUCGAUGACUCAGAUACCUGUAUCUACCUGUUCGAACUUUAAUUAUCUCUUUAAGUAAUUUAUUUGUAUUGACAUCGACAUUAUUUGAAUUUUGUUGGAAGUACGGAGUAAAAUCAAAGCUGUAGAAUAUGUUAGAAUUCUAUAAAUUUCGUGAAUCAAAAAUUCAAUAACUUUGAAUGUCUAAUACCUGUUAACAGAUGAAUGUGCUGUAAUAUUAAUAGAGACCUAAAUUUUUUUAGCGGUUAUUGAUUUACGCCCAUUUUACUUUAGGAAACUUCCACUGAAAUCCCAGUGAAACUAGGCACUGGGAUAAUAAUUCUUUUAAAAGGAUGCUAAUGAUUUCGAUUUAAUCCAUUAUAUAAUAUAAGAACUUAAAUGCAUAUUGAUACAGCUUUAUAUGUUUUAGUUUAGAAAAUAAAAUAAUUCAAAUUUUAACGAAUCGGCUGCCCAAACUUAAAACAUAGUAAGGGGUUAGAAAAAAAUUUUACAGUAAAAACGAAAAAUCAUGAUUUCACCAGCAUGUUUCAAGGCCGUGCCCUAGAAUAAUAUUAGACUAAAGCUUAAUAAAAGUUGGCUUAAAAGUUGCGAUACGCAUAUCAUUGGCUUUAAUAUAUGUAAUUAUAUUUUUAAUGGUUAAUAUUCGCAAUUAAAUUUUUAGCUUUAGAGAUAUGAGUAGUAAUUACACGUGUUAGGCAGUAGACACCUAUUAUUUAAAGUUGAGUAAUGUCAUUUAAAAUAUUAAAUCAUAGUAAGAGACAAAUCCUUACAACGUACAAAUACUAAGAUUUGUAUUUUUUUUUUUUUUGUAAAAUUUUAUACAUUCGAUUGACCAAGUAAGAGGUACAUUUAUAUACUAAUCCCUUUAUUCAUUUGCAAAACUGUUACAAAAUACUAAUAGGUUUGAGAAUAUUUCAAUUUUUAUAAAUAAGAGGAUAAUAUAUAUGUGCAUAUCUUGACUUUGAAUUUAAUUAUAUUCAUAUAGAUUUUACACCCGCAGGCUAUAAGAAACAUGCCCCUUAAGUUGAAAUAUGCAAAGAACCGUUUUUUUUUUUUUAAAUAUGGUCCUUACUUGGUUUUAACUUUGGCCAAUCGACAUACAUACGUAACAACAGUUUUAUUUUCUACCCAUGAUUUAUAUAUAUAUUUUAUACAUACCUACAAAGUAUUUGUUGUGUACCUAUUAACAUUUUUAUCUAAAAAUAUAAAUACUGUCAAUAAAAGGGUAUUAUACCAAAAUA